GCCUUUUGGAAGACGUCUUAUUGUCCGUCAUAAAAAUGGCGUCGAUAAAGACGUCAUUUUUUAGUCCAUGACGUUUUCGACCAAAAGUUACCAAAUAAUGACGUCAUUUUGCGGGCACGAUGUUAACUAGGUCAGUAUAUCUGCGGCCGAUGUUGCCCUAAGGCAAUACAGUGUUCCUUAUAUGAUGCCAUUGCAGAUCAUCUUUCAUUUCCAUGUAUCUUUGCUGGCUGUACAUCAAUGCUGAAUUGGGGGGAAGUUAAAGAGCAUGAAGACAAUUGCUUCUUUCGUAGCAUCUCAUGCCCUUUACCUAAUUGUACAGAUAGUUAUCGGAUUGACUCUUACAAAGCCCAUAUUGAACAAGUUCAUACGCUUCAUAAAAAAUCAUACUCUGGUGAUAAGUUGAAUCCAUUUGACUUGAUUUCUGCUCCACAUGUUAACACACUUUGUAUAUUAUCCGAGGGACUCUUUUUUAUAGUAUUUGUGAAAAUACACGUUUCCGAAGAAGCAGACAGGUGCAUUCUCCAAUUCCGUCCCAUUUUGAUGGAAGGCGAUGAAAGAGAUCAUUGCGACCUUUAUUGUAAAGUUAGCAUUAAUUUAUCUCCAGAUACUACCCUUAUCAAGACCAUUUAUUUUGAUGAUUUUUUGCAUUACAAUAAAGAACGACAUUGCUUAAAGUAUGUGUAUAGUAACAUAACAUAUGAAUGCGAAAUUCUUGAACAUGUAAAAAUGGAUAAUAGUCCAAUGACCAAUAUUUUAGAGUUCAUAACAAAAAAUCAACCAUUCUCAUACACUGUGAAGUUUCGCGAGACAAAAUAUUUGGAAUGUUUUCAGUGCCAUAAUGUUUUCUCAAAUGUAGAAGAAAUGUUUUUAGGAGUAAGAGGUUUUAUGCUAUGUGAAAACUGUGCACAACUUCCAAUAAUGAAAAAUUUCCGCGAACUAUAUCAAUUAGAUUGUUUGAAUCAACUUAGGGACCUGGAGGAAUCUAAUGAUUGAUUCAGUAGAAUAAGACCCAGCAAGAAACAAUAUAUUUAUAAAGAAGACUUUGUUUUAGGCUAGUAAGCUUUCGCAAUGUGAAAUGACUGAGAAUGUGGUUAAAUAUUACACUUUCACAAGAAACUGUUAAAUACGUUAUUUUCCAAAUAAAAUAU